GAGGUCCACUAUCCUCCUCUCUGGUUAGUGACAGUCCUGAAUGUGAAUAUUUUCUUCUUUAGCCCUUGUGGGAAUAUUACAUUCCACCCUCCUGCCUUCAGUGGCGGCAAUGCUUACUGUGUGAGUGAUUCCGAUAAAAUGUCUUUUAAACAUUUUGAGUACAAAGGUGUCACAUUUGCCGAUGGAGUAUACACAAAAGAGUCUCUUGCCUACGCAGAAAAUGAAUUUGAAGUACUUGAAGAUGACGUUUAUAAUUUAACCUAUCCUAAAUCAGGUAGUAAUUGGAUGAUUCAAAUCUUAAAUUUAAUUAAACACAAAGGAGAUCUUGAAAAAAGUAAUACUGUGCCUAUCUUUAUGAGAUCACCAUGGUACGAAGCAGUUGGCUGUCUAGAAGAAAUCCAAAAGAUGAAGUCUCCAAGAAUAUUAUCUUCCCAUCUACCACACCACAUUUUUGCUAAAUCUUUUUUCAAAUCUAAGGCAAAAAUUAUUUACACAAUGCGAAACCCAAAAGACAUAAUCGUAUCUUUGUUCCAUUAUACUAAGAUUCUAAAAAUCUUUGAACCUGCUGAAAAUUUCCAGAAUUUCAUUGAGGACUUUAUACAGGGGAAAGUUCUAGGUGGAUCUUGGUUUGACCAUAUAAAAGGCUGGAUGCAAUUGAAAGAUGACAGCAGAUUCUUCUUUAUCACAUAUGAGGAGCUAAUACAGGAUAUCCGUGACAGUGUGGUAAGAAUCUGUAAAUUCUUGGGACAGGAGUUAGAUGAUGUCCAGAUUGACUUAGUUGUUAAAUAUUCAACUUUCAAAUCCAUGGAGGAAAACAAAAUGACAAAUUGGAGUCAAAUCUCACCUGAAAUAAUGGACCAAUCAAAAGGAUCAUUCAUGCGUAAAGGAAUAUCUGGUGAUUGGAAGAACCAUUUUACAGUAGCUCAAAGUGAGUACUUCGAUAAAGUCUACCAAGAGAAGAUGAAUGACAUCAAUAUGAAUUUUUUCUGGGAACAAUUGCCAUAAAGUUAUGAACUUCAGACCGUUCUGUUCUGUAGCAUGUUAUUGCCUUUUAACAGAGUUACAACUUGUCUGUGCACAUCAGUAUAAAUAGAUGUGCCUGUAACUGUUUAUAUACUUAUAAAUUAAAAUAAAAAUAAAAAGUAAAAAAAAAAAUAGAUACA